GGGUCACUGGCCAUCUGUCCAAACGCAGCAGAGUCCAGAAACACCGAAAUUGAAUAUAAAAUGAUCUCCAUGUUCACUUUACAGUAUUAAAGCUAUGUUGAGGUCACAGACUUGACUCUUCCCAACUUUUCUUCCCACAGCACAGGGGAGAAGUGGCGUAACCGGCGGAAAAUGCUGACUCCAACCUUCCACUUCUCCAUCCUCUCUGACUUCCUAGAGGUGAUGAACGAACAAACCGAUAUUUUGAUACAAAAGAUGCAGAAGCACAUGGACGGAGAGCCAUUCAACUGCUUCAGCUACAUAACAUUAUGUGCUUUGGAUAUCAUAUGCGAAACUGCAAUGGGAAAGAAGAUCUAUGCUCAGAGCAAUUCUGACUCUGAGUAUGUCCAAAGUGUCUAUAAGAUGAGUGACAUCAUCACCAAGAGACAGAGGGCACCAUGGCUGUGGCCAGACUGGAUCUACAAUAAGUUAGAGGAAGGCAAAGAACAUUCCAGAAGACUGACGAUUCUCCAUUCCUUCACUGCAAGUGUCAUCAAGGAAAGAGCAAAGUUCACUAGCUCUGAACCUGACAGUGAUUCUGACCAGGGGCCUAGGAAAAGACAGGCCUUCCUAGAUAUGCUGUUAAAAAGUACUUAUGAGGAUGGACAGAAUUUGAGUCAUGAGGACAUUCAGGAGGAAGUGGACACCUUCAUGUUUGAGGGUCAUGAUACCACAGCAGCUUCAAUGAACUGGGCUUUACAUCUGAUUGGCUCCCAUCCUGAGGUCCAGAAGGCAGUGCAGGCAGAACUACAGGAAGUGUUCGGUUCGUCAGACCGCCACGUGGGGGUGGAGGACCUGAAAAAGCUGCGCUGCCUGGAGUGUGUCAUCAAGGAGAGUCUGCGGAUCUUCCCCUCCGUGCCUCUGUUUGCACGCAGCAUCUGCGAGAGCUGUCGGAUCAAUGGCUUCAAGGUCCCAAAAGGAGUGAAUGCUGUUAUCAUACCAUAUGCUCUUCACCGGGACCCACGCUACUUUCCAGAACCUGAGGAAUUUCGACCGGAAAGGUUUCUGCCAGAGAACAGCAAAGGGAGGCAUCCAUAUGCGUACAUCCCUUUCUCUGCAGGGCCAAGAAACUGCAUCGGCCAGCGCUUCGCCAUGAUGGAGGAGAAGGUAGUUCUUGCUACGAUCUUGCGUCACUUUGACGUAGAGGCGUGUCAGAGCCGUGAGGAGCUGCGGCCUCUGGGGGAACUCAUUCUGCGUCCCGAGAAGGGCAUUUGGAUCAAACUACAAAGAAGAACCAAAUAACUCUCGCCACCAUUAAAACUUAAGGUAGCUUUACUUCUCAAAUCACUGGCGUGCUAAAGAGGUGUUGUGCUGCUAUGAGCAAAUUCAAACACAGCUUACUGACUUUUUUUUUUGCAUUUUCUGUGCUGAUUUUAUUGGAAAUUCUACAAUGGAAAAAGGAGAGCUGAGAGUACCAGACUUGUAUCAGUAGCUAAAGGCGUAAUCAAAUUAGUCAAAAUAUUAUAUAAACAAACACCCAAGGGGAGGCAGAAGUUUGUGAAUGACAGGCGUUCAGAACUUUCUGCAGAGUUCUGAUUCCAUGUGGAGCUAGUUAUAAGUUAGAAAUAGUGUACAGCCAGCCACUCAAUAGCACAAAAUAAGCCAAGAUAGGGUGAUCAGUUUAUUGACUACCCCAGCACAGCUACUUACCGUAUAAAUGUACAUAAUAUAUUGAUUUAUUUGAGUUUAAAUUAUUUCAUCAUGAGAGAAGAAAUAGACUGAGUAUAGUACAUGAAAUUUGCACAGGAAGUGCAACAACUAUAAAUUAUGCAGUCUAGUGGUAAUUAAAUAAAUAUAUCUAACCACAGAAUGACUUAUAUACCUGAUAUCAGUAUAUUAGAAUCAAGUCUGUAAAAUCAGCUGAAUUGAGGCAAAACUAUUUUUGCACUUACUUACCUAUGUAUUGAAAACA